GUGCACCUCGCUCUCCCGCCCCUAAAACCCCCCAACCUCGUAGUCGUAGUUACUUAAUCACCGCUCCCGAACGAAGAGAGAGGUAAACGCCUCCUCCCCCUUCGCCUUCCCUUUCUUCUUCUUCCACCUCCUCCCACUUCAAAACCCUAAUUGUCUCCUGCUCCUCCUCCUCCUCUUCCUCCCCCUCCCUCUCUAGCCCAAAAUGGCUUCCCACUCCUCCGCCGAAGCCGCCGAGGUCGAGAAGCUCUACGAGUUCGGGGAGCGGCUCAACGAGGCCAAGGACAAGUCUCAGCAUGUGAGCGACUACGAGGGGAUCAUCAUGGCGGUGAAGGGCCAGAGCGUGAAAGCGAAGCAGCUCGCGGCGCAGCUCAUCCCCAGGUUCUUUAAGUUCUUCCCCAGCCUUGCCAGCAAGGCCCUCACAGCGCAGUUCGACCUCGUCGAGGACGAGGAGGAACUUGGGGUUAGAGUACAAGCUAUUCGCGGGUUUCCUCUUCUUUGCAAAGAUACUCCAGAACAUGUUUCCAAAAUUGCAGAUAUUCUUGGACAACUCCUUACAUAUGGGGAAAAUGUUGAGCGCGAUGCAGUUAAUAAAUCUCUCAUGUCUAUUUUAAGGCAAGAUGUGAAAGCUUCAUUGACGGCUUUGUUUAAGCAUGUUGAGAUAGGCAUGGAGAAUGUUCGUGAAAAGGUCAUCUGUUUCCUGAAAGACAAGGUGUUCCCUUUAAAAGCAGAGCUGCUGAAGCCCCAAGUUGAAAUGGAAAGAUAUGUCACUGAUCUGGUGAAGAAAAGCUUACAAGAUGUAACUGGUGCUGAGUUCAACUUGUUUAUGGACUUCCUGAGGAGCUUUAGCAUAUUUGGAGAAGGUGCUCCUCCAGAGCGUAUUCAAGAGCUGAUUGAAAUAAUCGAAGCACAGGCUGACCUUGACGCACACUUUAAUGUUGAUGAUGUUGACCAUAUCGAUAGAUUGAUUUCAUGCAUGUAUAUGGCUCUUCCUAUCUUCAUGAGAGGUGCUUCCAGCAGCAAGUUUCUCAACUAUUUCAAUAAGCACAUAGUACCUGUCUUUGAUAAGUUUCCUGAAGAGAAGAAAAUAGAUCUGCUCAAGACUGUUGCUGGAAGUUCCCCAUAUGCUACGGCACAAGAUUCACGCCAACUUCUUCCAUCUAUUGUCCAACUGCUUAAGAAGUGUAUGCCCAGGAGGAAGACGGAAGAGACUAACUUCAACUACGUUGAGUGCUUGUUGUACACAUUUCACCACCUAGCUCAUAAGACGCCAAACUCUACAAACAGUCUUUGUGGUUACAAGAUUGUGACUGGCCAGCCAUCUGAUAGGCUUGGGGAGGAUUUCUCAGAUAACUACAAAGAUUUUACAGAGAGGUUAACUGCAACUGAAGAAAUAGUGAGAGCAAGCUUGAAGAAACUGACCCAGGGAAUGGCAGAGCACAAUAAGGCACUGUCUGCAGCUAAGACUGAAGAGGCAAAGGCUAAGAUUAAAACUGAGCAGCAAAAAACAACAACUGGGUUGCGGAUCUGUAAUAACAUAUUGGCGAUGACACAGCCAUUGCAUGCGAAAGCUCCCACAUUCAUCGGAGAUAAGAAGAUCAAGCUCUCGUGGCAGGAGCCGGUGAAAAAGAGUACUCCAGCUUCUACAACUGGAGCAGGGACCAAGAGAGCUGGAACUACCACAAAUGGUGCCAGUGCGAAUCCUUCGGCAAGCAAAAAGGGGCGAGUUGAGGGGGUGAUGCAAAACCAGCUUGUCAACAGAGCUUUGGAAGGCCUAUCUCGAGGUGGUGGGAGAAGCGGUGGAAGAGGAGGAAGGGGUUGGGGAGGCCGAGGAAGAGGUCGGGGUUUCCGCUAGAUUCAGGGAAGAGAUUCUCUACUUACCAGCUGUGCAGUAGAUAUUGGAGAGGGCGUUUCUGCUUCAAACUUAAACACACAGAAAGGUUGCAAAAUUUUUGUUGAACUUGAGAUGAAGCAUGUUCUUAUUUCAAUCUGGGCGAAAGUGAAAAAGUUUCGACGUUGUAUUUUGGCGAUCCAAGGAGGUGGUGGAUUGUGUAAUCUACAUUAGUUGGUUUAUCAGAACAUUCUAACCUUAUGCAUUAAGCUUAAACAUCUUUUUCAUUCUCUUUUUUGCCUAUUGCACAUCAUCUGUCACACCAAUGUACUUAUUAAUGGCUCAAUAACGAAAAUGUGUCUAUCAUCAGUUCCAUUGAA